AUGACUCCAGUGAUCACCAAAACGCACAUGAAUGAGAAUAGUGUGAUGGUCAAAGCAGUGGAUGAAUUUCGCAGGUAUAAAGCCAAAACGAUCACAAAUGUAGUUAGUGCUAUCGUCACACCAAAAGAUAUUGAAGCAUUGAAGAUAUUGAAACCCCGGUACAUAGUGGCGAAUCCCAUGGAACAUAGUAGGAACUAG